CAGAAAAAAACGAGCAAUAAAAAUGCGUGAAAAUCCCGAUGACGUGAGUCCGCAGAUAUGGAAAGAGUGGAUCCUGGAGGCGAUACGGCGCAUCCGGUUCCAGAAGCAGCGACCCAGCAUACAGCGCAUCUGUCAGGCCAUCGGCAGCCACCACAAGUUCCACGAGGACAUAGUGGCGGAAAAGUUGGAGGAAGCGGUCGAGGCCGGCUCGGUACUGAAGGUGUACAACAAGGGACUCCAUUCGUACAAAGCGCCCACCUCGACCCAGCGGCGUGUCAUCAACGUCACGAACGAGAGCAACCUAUCGCGGCUGGUAGCGAAAGCGGUCCGCGAUCUGGGCGAGUUCGAUGGUUCGUCACAAAAAUCGAUCGAAAACUAUGUCCAGCAAACGAACAAUCUGCACAUAGCGCCCGAUACGGACUACAAAAGUGUGAUCCGCAAUGCGAUCCGGAUCGCGCUCGGGGAGGAUACGAUCAUGCAGGAAGGCCGAUUGUACAAACCGGGCCCGGUCUUUAAACCGAUCACGAAACGCAAAUCGACCUCACCGAAAAAGCGUGGCAGCAAGCAUUUAGAUCGUUCGACCGACGGAAGCAUUUGUUUGGUGUGCCAGGAAGCGGACGGUAAUGCGUCGGACGAUGAGUGCGAAACACUUACCAGCUGCAGCAGUUGUGGAGCAGGGCUGCACGACAGUUGUGCGAACGGAAAUGGGGGACAUAGCAGUCGAACGGUGACACUAUCACGCCUGCUGGAAAAGGGCAACGUUUGGCACUGUGAGGAGUGUAAGGUGUGUGAUGCGUGCGCGAACCAGGACGACGAUGAGGAGGACGGUGUGAAGGGGGUGUGUUUGUUGGAUUGUUGGAGCUGUAAGAAACAUUUCCAUCUGUCCUGUCUUAAUCCACCACUGACGGAGAUGAAGAAAUGCAAAACCGCUUGGAGAUGCUCCGAUUGCUUAAGCCAAUCCAGGGACAGUGAUAGGAAGUCCAGCAUAAUGCGACCAGCAACGGGCGAAAAGAAGCGAAAAAGAUUACUCACAGGCGAUAAAGAUCCAAAGGGGAGUACAGAAGCUAUCAGUCUACCAGUACCUUACAAAAAUCCUUACGAUUCACCCAAUGAAGAUGCUAUAGAAAAACAAACCCUCCCGGAAGGUGUGACGCAGCAGGACGCCGAACUGUACAAGUAUGUGCGCGAACAGUCGACAAAGAUUGUGGUCGGUGUGUCGAAGACAGCUAGCAAGCAUAACAACAACAACGGUGAACGUGGCCGACACUUCUCACCCGAUCGUCCUAGCCAUCAGACAACCUCCAACAGUAUUCUCCAACAAUCGCCAUCGAAAUUGAUGGCAGCGCAGGACCGUUGUCCGGCGGCGAUCGAGUUUGGGAAGUACGAAAUCGAAACGUGGUAUUCAAGUCCCUUUCCGCAGGAAUAUGCUAGACUACCGAAGCUUUUCCUCUGUGAGUUUUGCCUAAAGUACACCAAAAGCAAGGCGGUACUGCAAAGACAUCAGGACAAAUGCUCCUGGCGCAAUCCGCCCGGCACGGAGAUCUACCGUCACGACGGUGUGUCCGUGUUCGAGGUCGAUGGGAAUGCGAACAAAAUCUACUGUCAGAAUCUGUGCCUGCUGGCGAAGCUGUUUCUCGAUCACAAAACCCUAUACUACGAUGUGGAACCGUUCCUGUUCUACGUGCUAACGCGCUACGAUCGCAAGGGCUACCACUUGGUUGGAUAUUUCUCAAAGGAAAAGCACUGUCAGCAAAAAUACAACGUAUCAUGCAUUAUGACGAUGCCACAGUAUCAGCGCCAGGGUUACGGUCGGUUUCUGAUCGACUUCAGCUACCUGCUGAGCCGGGAGGAAGGUCAACCGGGCACGCCGGAAAAGCCACUGUCCGAUCUUGGUCGGGUAUCGUACUACGCGUACUGGAAAUCGACCGUUCUGAACUAUCUGCACGAAUUUCGGCGCCGUUCAGAACCACUCUCGAUACAGCAGAUCUCGCAGGAAACGGGCAUGGUCAUACCGGAUAUUGUCCUUGCGCUGCAGCUGCUGUCCUUCAUCAAGUACCGGAAGAUUGAUCGUGGCGGCGGCUUUAAGGUAUACCAACCGCUCAUCUGCAUUGAUUGGCGGCUGGUAGACAAGCAACACGAGCGUAUGGUAAGGUCUCGGGCGCGUCUUGCCAUCGAAAAAGAAUGUCUCCGAUGGACGCCACUGUUCCUGUCCAAUACGGCAUCAUUUUCCGAGCUCGAUAUUAGCAAUAUUCCGCUAGAUAUAACGGGGGCAGACAAUGAUGCGGAACCUGAAGCUGCGGAUCGGAUGAACCCGGCCGUUGUUAGUCCGAAACCUGAGGAAGAAUCGGAUCGGGAAGAGAAGGAUCAACACCAAGCAUCACGAACUGUCAAAGGUGGUAGUGCGGCAGGACCUGCAUCCCAACAGUCACAUCGAAAGGGCGAAUCAUCGGGUAAAAGAAAGAAGCGUGGACGGGAUUCAUCACCAGCGCCACCACCAGCAUCGUCGGAAAGUACUACGGUUUCGCGUGGUAAUAACAAAUCUCACGCUCUGAAAGUGGAAGAACAAACGGAUGAGGAUGAAACGGUAGUAGCUGCCCUAACCAACCGUACCAGCAAUGCUGCGAUGCUUGGAGGACGAAAAAGGGGACGAGCUGUGGUGCAAGAAAAGGAAUCUACCAAAAUUGGAAACACAUCCGAAAGGCUUCGGAAGCGUCGUCGGUUGGAUUCGGAAGAAACGGUAGAGGAGAAAACAGCCGCGUAUAACAGUCUGUUGAAAGAUACCUCUCUCAAUUCCGGCAGACUGGCUGGUGGUCUGCGAAGAAAACGGUCAAAUAUGAGACUUUCCGACUCUGAGCAGGAGGCUGAACAGGAACGUACACGACCCGCUAAUGAGCAAAGAACGCGACCACUCAAAACAUCCACCCGAGACGGUGAUACUACAGUAAAUGGUGGUAGCGUGUUUGGGCGUACCAUAGACACGAAUGCAGCAGAUCAACGCUCAUCCCCAGUAGUGUCGGCUGGGAUGGCUAACAAACGAGCUGGCGGUAAUACGGGAAUGCGGAACUCCAAGCGCUUGGCCAACAGUCCAGCGAAUGUAUGUGAAAGCGAAGAACCCGCGGAAAUCGCGGUACAGGCUGUGGAGAAGUCGAAACCAUUUCGAACCAGCUCCUCAACGGCUGGAUCGGUGAGGCAGAAGCAGCAGCAGCAGCAACAGCAACAUCACACAGCGCAAGAAGCAGCGUCCAAAGCGUUACAAAUGUUACCUUCCUCCUCGUCCUCAUCGUCGAUUGCGGGUUCGCGUUCGCUUUCACCCACGAAGAAGGAAGCAACGGGAGCCACUGUUAACGCGCUCGGUUCGAGCAGCAGUAAGGUGCGCCAUAAAACUUCACCCACAACAUCUGGCGUCGGUGGACGUAGCCAUAAGAAGCGACAGGGAAAGAAAGCGAUCGUACCGGUGGCGGAUGUGAGCGAAGACUACUCAUCCGGUGAGGCGGACGAUGAAAUGGAGGAAGAAACGCGCAGUGCCCCGGCAGCAACGAUUCCGGCAGCAUCAGUAGCUCCAGCAGCAGCAGCAGCAACCGCAGCACCAACAGCAAUCAUUCCGAAGAAAUCUCCCGCUAAAAGCUCACCGCACAAUAAUGCCCUCGCGGUGGUAAAUAAUGGUACGAGCACUGCAAUAAUGGCGCCGAAAGUGUCACCACGUGCACCGCGCGAUCAUUCUCUAAGCCCGAAUGGAAAGGGUCAGAAGAGCAAGACAAUAACCGAAAGACGCCUGAAGGAGGAUGGUACAGAGAGGACUGCACGAAUGACAACGGAACCAGCGACCGACAGUAACAUCCUUCAGUCUACUGGGCAAGAAAGUAGCACUACAACCUUACCGAAAGUGCAGGCAAGUACAAGCAGUUCCACACAACAGCAUACAACAGAAGCUACCAACGUAGUGAUUUCUGCCAGUUCCAAAGAGGACGUAGUAAAGGAAGAAUCCAGCUCUACAAACAACCGUCCAUCUGUUGAGGGUGGUGGAAGUUCCGUCAUCAGUCGGCCGACAGGAUUUUCCGAUCGAAGUUCCUCGGAGCAUGGGAAGGAAAAUGUUGCCAUCAAAGCCGAGCAGAAAGAAGGAGUCAUUCUACAAGCGCCGUCCUCAAAUCCUGUUACUCCGGAGAAGAAGGAUAUCAUCACCAGUCGAUCGGCUUCCAGUAAUGAAUCUUUCACUCGAGCAAGCCCAACAAAAGUACCCGAACAGGGGAAAAACGAUACGUCGAAAGUAACGCCGCCCCAGGGCAGCAGUGGAAGUAGUGGCAGCGUUAUAAGCGAGACGCUACCACUUGUCAAUGGUGUAGAGAUCAACGAAAAAAUCUCUGUGAUAACUGAAUCAAAAAACUGUCUCUCGACAACAGGAACUACUGAACCGAUGAUGAUGCAGUCGAAUGUUUCGGAAGUGGGCAACCAUACGCACGACGCUGCUGGUAACGCUACUAUCGCUUCUUCUGGAACGAAUGUAAAAACACCGGAGCAGAAAACGGUUGGAACAAUGGUCGAUCCCGGUCAGACGGCAAAUGGUGGUGCGGAAUGCCGCUCACCUAAACAAAAGCACAUACAUGAUGCUGACAGCAGUACAAAUCGAACAUCCGUAGAGCGUGCUUCUAAUGGAGCAAAUAAUACGGCCAGUGUGUUGAAGAUCAACGAAAACUACGACAAACAUCAUCACAACCAGCAGCAACAACAACAUCACGCCGAACCGCUCCGAAAUCGCCCGAAAGUAAUCGUGGAUAGUAUCUCUAGUAACCCCACCACUCCGGGAGAUGCUAAAGUGAAGGAAGAUCCACCAGCGGACGCAUCUAAGGUGACCGAAGUUAUUCGGACAAGGGAAGAAUCGAAGGAGUCGGUUGCUAAAAGCACUGAAACUGGAAUAAUCCAACAAACUUCGACGAUCGUACCAGCUGUCCAGCAACCUUCGACUCCUGCAACGGUGCACGAGAUGGCGAUGCACAAGAAAAAGUUUAUGAAAACGAUGGAGAACACCAAUGACGCAACUCCGCCGCAGCCAGCAAAAACUUCGGCACCCAUUUCAAGCGAUAAAGCGGAUCAGUCAGUAAUCAAACAGACCGAUGAGGUCACCAAUGUAAAGAUGGCUAACUUCACGCACACAACCACUGGAAUUAGUAACAAUACAAAUGUGUCCGGUUCCUUAGCUUCCUCUUCAACGAAUGGCAAUGAAACAGCAAGCGUACCUGGUGCUGUAGACAUUCGGAAGGAAAGAUCACCUACCAAAACCACUAGCUCUGCAUCCUCUUCAACAGUGAACACUCCCGUGACAACCGGAUCUUCAAAGAGUGCAAAAAACGAUGCAUUCAAAAUGGUGUCCUCGCACAGUACUAGUACUGCUGCUAAGGUUUCCGACAGUUCCGUAGUAAGCACGGCAACUUCCUGCGCUACAGCUGUUGUAACUAGUGCUGCUGUUUCUCUGAUGGACGUUGGUGGAAAGCGAAACGAUUCAAGCACGGUGACGGGAGGAUACGGAGGUGUAGAAUCAAAGUCUGAGUCAAAGCGAGGAAAAGAUAAAUUGUCUGCUGCAAGUAGUGGUUCUUCUGCUAGCAACAGCACCACCAACAUCAUAAUUCCAGUGAGCGUGUCAGAUGAUUGUGGUAAAACAAGCCGUAGUAACUCAACUUCGUCCUCAUCGGCAAGCGAACAACAACCGGUGGCGGGUAAACGGUCGGGUUCUACAUCAUCGUCCACUAGCUCUUCGGGAUCGUCGGGAUCAAGUAGCACGAAGGGCGAGCAUCCGCCAUCAUCAACCUCCAGUACAACGAUGUCCUCUGUAGCAGCCGGUGCUACUGGCACAGCUUCUUCCAAGCGUUCAGAAGCAAAUGCACGAAAGGAAGCGAUGAAGCAUAAUGCGGCAAGUUCGUACGGUAGUACUCAGGGUGCUAACAACAGUACCAACAGCAACAACACAACUCCAACUGUCAAUAGUCAUUGCAAAGUUUUGCAACAGGAAAGUCAAGUUCAUCAGCACCAACAACAGCAACACCAACAACAGCAGCAGCAACAACAACUGCAACACCAGCAGCAACAUCAGCAUCCACAGCAACACUCACAACAGCAUUCAUCUCAGCAUCCGCAAAAUCCGCACCAGCAUCAUCAACAGCAGCAUCAGCAGCAACAACAGCACCAUCAGCAGCAGCAGCAACAACAACAACAGCAGCAGCAACAGUAUCAUAUGAGCUCUAAAUCAUCCACCAUGUCAUCGCUGUUGAUGGAUGGAUCGGGUAUCAGCACACCGUCCGGAUCUUCAAUGCAAGGUGGCAUGGGUGGUGCUGGCAUCGCAAACAAUCUACCCGUGAGCUCCUCAUCUCCUUCGAUAGGAGUACCCGGUAACGUUCACUCCGGAAGCAUGAUGAUGUCGUCCGUUCCUCCUGGGUCUGGUAUGGGUCCUGCGAGUGGGAUGGGCAUGAACAAUACAUCGUCCUCGUGUCGGACGGAUAAACAUACUUCAUCCUCUAAACAUUCGAUGCACGACCCCAAGACGACGAUCGAUCUGAACAAGAUGAGCUCCCAAUUUCCCGGUAUCAAUCAGCUGCCCAGCUACGCACCAUCGCAGUACUGGCAGUUGGAUCCAUACUAUCAGAGUUACAACCUUACGCAUCUGGACACGAGCAGUCAGAAAUCACCGAACAAGUUUCAUCUCGAUCUAGCGACCAGCAUGGCGUACGGAAGCUUUCCCUCCAAUCUGUAUUCUUCGUUCCAGCAUCAGGAGCAACAGUAUCAGCAAGUACCACCAGCAGCUGCAUCAACACCGGCCUAUCAGCCGAAAGAGCGAACCAAUGUAAAGUCCGAUCGUAAGGGAUCUUCCGCUAGUAGUACAAUCGAACAAUCGUCCUCAUCCUCAACGUCCUCCGGAGCAACCAAGCACGGGAAGUCUUCGAAGGCGUCCACCACGAACGCCUCUGCAACUGCUGAUGAUGGUAGCAAGUUUAAGGGUAACAACAGUACUCCGGACGUUCACCAUCUCUCGCAACAUUCUUCACAACAGCAGCAACAGCAACAACAACACCAACAGCAGCAACAACAACAACAGCAACUUUGUCCGUCACCGUACGAUACGGGGUUGCUGUGUGCGAAAGUGAACCAAUACCAUCAUCUCUCCUCGGCUCAGGUUGUACAGCAUCCACAUCAGCUAGCACAGCAACAUCAUCAGCAACAACAACACCAACAGCAACAUCAACAUUAUCAACAUCAGCAGCAACAACACACACAACACACGCAGCACAAAUCGAUGCAGAAGGGUAAAAACGAUUCCACCAACAAGCUGAACGAUUCUUCCUGUAUGGUUGCUGGAGCAGCUAAGUCAUCACCUGCGGUCAAUGACCCAACAACUGCUGCCUCCUGUCACGCCUCGGUACAACAGCAAACGAUGCAUCUGAUGGGCAAUGGGGAUGGCGAUGGUACAACCGGUGGUACACAACCGGACAUGAAGCAGCAGGGUACGCCAAGCGGUGAACAUUCCAUUGGUGUGUACACACCGGAAUCAACAACCUCAAACUCGGUUCAAAGUUUGCAUCAGUACGGACAGUGCGAUAUCGACGUAAGUCAGCUAGGAUUGGAAUCACCGGCCAGUAUAGCGAGUGAUGUGACAUCGCAAAAUUCGGCUGAUGCGAUACGACCACCGAGUGUGGUUUCGCAACAUGGUGGAUCGAUUGGAGGACCUUACUCGGACUGUUCGGUACAUCAACAGCAACAAAUGCAGCAGCAGCAGCAGCAGCAGCAGCAUCAGUCACAAAUGCACAUGGCGAUGCAUACGCACGUGCCUGAAACGAGUCCACAGCAUCCACCCCAGCAGAUGACAAUAAUAGCUAACAAUAGUGGUGGCAAUGGAGCUGGUGGUGGUGGUGGUGGCACAACUGGCGGAGGCUCAGGUAAUGGUAGCGGUCGGGGCAAGCAGCAUCCUUCGCAACAGCAGCAUCUUGCUCAGCAGCAGAUUCCUCACGGUGGAAAUAGUGGCACGGGUCGAUCACAGCGUGCAUCUACCCCAAAAGUCAGUCGCAAUACACCAACCCCGGGAGCGCAACAGCAGCGUCAUCAAAGCCGCACAACACCACCGGUAGUAAGCAAUGUGAUACAACCGAUCGUAAGUCCUGGCCAUCAUCAGCAGCAACAGCAACAGCAGCAACACCAACAACAGCAAGCAGCAAUGCAGGCAGCUUCGCUGAAUCAACAGCAACAGCAGCAGCAGCAACAACACCAACAACAGUUAGCGCUCCAGCAACAGAUGCACCAAACGUACGGACAGUCGCUUAACCAUCAAGCACACAGUCAAAACAUGCAUCAAGCUGCGGCGAGUGGUGGAUAUCUGGGAGCGCAACUUGCCCUUUCCGGACAAGCACCACCCUACCCGCAAUCACCAACCUCCUACGGAAGCGUCAUACAGCACCGAAUGUCCAACAACCACACACCGGCAAGUCUGCAUAGUCCGCACCAGCGUCUGGGAGCAUCGCCCGUGUCCUCGUGCGCCGUAUCUUCGGCCAACAACUUUUACGUUCAGCAACAGCAACAGUCGGGUGGCGUAACACAUCCCGGUUCACACACACCAAUCCCUCAGGCACCAACACCAGCUCCAACACCAACCCCAACGCCGACUCCCCAACUUGAGCCACAAUCGUGUCAGGGUGGAGCGACGGCGCAACAAAUCCAGCAGCAAGGACCUCAAAUAUCUUGCCUCUCGAAACUACAACAACUCACCACAAACGUGGACAUUUGUAACUCCCCGGUUACACCACCUCCCUCCGCCCACCAUGCCCCCCAUCCGCACGGAGGUGGACCACCGGGUGGUGGUGGGGGUGGCAGUGGAGCGAGCGGAACUAGUACGAACCCAGCCGCAGGUGGCGGUAAUAUGGUGGCAGCUCAGAACGUUGUCCGCAACAUAUCCACCCCACCGGUAUCGAUCCAUUCGGCUGCCCAGAUGUCCACCAUUAACUAUCACAAGUACUACACCGGGAACAUGAACAUGCCAACGAUUGCUCAGAAUGCAGCGGCGGCUGCUGCUGUAGCUGGUGCGGCACGGCGUAAUGCAGCUGCUGCAUCGUCCGCACAGAUCCAACAUAUGGCGGCGGCGGCAAACCGUUCCAGCAGCGUUAGUCCAAAUGUGGCCAUUAGUACGAAUCUGAUGUCACCGUACGGGUCGUUGAAUGGGUACCGGAUGACGACGGCUGGUCAAUCGCCUGGUACGGGCGGUUAUAUUGGCAAUCCGGCGGCCGGUUUUAUCCAGAACUCGGCACAGCUCGGUCCGGUACAGAUGGGUGUGAUGAACAUGCAGUCGCAGUAUCAGGAUCCGAGCGCGAUCCAGCGAGCUCAGCAGAACUCAAUGUACUCAUCCUACUCGGCCUAUCUGCCUCCGAUGAGGCGCUGAACAUAG